AUGUUACAGGAAGAAGAGUCGUUUACUGAAAAAGUACGCAACUUUUAUGACAAGCUGGAUCGUGUGCCUCAAUUGAAGCCUCACGUACCAUGGUUCAAUUCAUCUGCCGAGUCCUUUUGGGAGUGGUUUGACAAGAAGAUAUCAGAACUGGACAGCACGUACUGCUGGGACAUUGAUACGGUGAAUAAUGCUAUCUUUUUUGAUUCAAGUAAAACUGUUGGUGACACCAGCAUUCACAAUGCAAGAGCCGCUGGAAAAAGUUUACAAUUGUUUACUGCAUUGAGACCCUCUGUUUCAAAUGGCACAUACGAGACUCAGCACCGAGCAUUGAUCAAGCAAUUUAUUCUUGAGCUAAACAGCAACAACUCUGGCAUUGUAGACAGCUUGUGUAAAUUGAUCACCACCAUUGUUUCCCAUGAUUCACAUCUCGCACAGCAGCAGCAGCAAGAGAUCAUGAGCACCGAGAUGCUGGAACUAGUUACGGACACCAUCAGUCAAGUGCAGCUAAACCUCCAUCAAGACAUUGCGUCUAACGCGGCACUCACACAGCAGGAGCGCGUCUUUGUCUACUUGCGCAUCAGUGAGUAUUUAAUCGACCGAUUGAUUCGAAACACGAUUACUACUCUGGAGGAGAUGCCUUUGACUACACCCAGCACAAACAAGAAGCGCAUGUCGAUUUCACUGGCAAAGCAAGCUAAAUUGAGGGCACUGGACAGCUUGAUUGAGCAGGCGGGAUUCUGGAUCAGCCUUGUAGAGCAAAGCGUCUAUGUCACGUCCAUGGAUCUAUUCUCAUCUCACACCAACACAGCAACAGACGAACUUUACCAUAUACAGCUGCGCUACUGUGUCUUGAAGGGCAAAUUGUCUCAAUGCAGCAAUGACAUUGAGAGCGCCUAUGCUUGGUACAACAAAUGCAGACAACUAUUGGCAGAGAACGCUACAGUUGAAAUUGACAUUGGCAGCAUGUACGAUUCGUUUAUCAACACGGUGAGCAUUGACAAGAAACUAGAGCUACUGCAGGUGGGCAAGUUGUUUGUCACUGCCAAGCAAAAGAUGGCCAACAAUGACUACAAUGGUGUUAUUCAGGAUUUACAAGGCAUUGUGGAGCCUCAAUUAUCCAGCAAACAGAACCCUGUUGAUUCAGACGAAAGCAUACAAAUGACCUCCAUGUUGGCCAAGGCGUACUUCGAGAAUCACCGCUAUCUAGAUGCCUGGAAUUGCUAUAUGCGUAUGUUUUGUUGCGCUAUGAAACAAUUCCUCUCUUACGGUGAAGCACAAACCAUAGUAGCUGUUUCUUCUAGACCAAGCAAGAAUGAAGACGUCGAAUUCACAAGCAUAUUGGCUCGCAUUAGCUGUAUUCUGGAUGCAUUGAUUCAACUAGUCGAACAGGAACAGCAGCAGGAGAAGGAGAAGGAGGGCAAUGCACGUCAAGACUGGAUGCCCCGUACUAUCCAUCAAGAACUCUUGGAUACAUUGUCAGUCCUAUUGAAAAUGGGCAUUUACUAUAUUUACAGACACCCGGAUUUCGUGCCUGUAGUCAACAACUUUAACGACCUACCACCGCAUACACCAUCCAAGACAAGCAGAGUCAAUGGUUUCAACGACAUCCUAGCCAAGUCGUGGGUGCUGCACUCUCAUCUGAUGCUCCACAUGGUCAAGAUGAACAAGGACUCCGUGCCUGAAGAUACCAUGGUGGUAUGGGCUGAGGUAUUGAAGGACUUGCACUAUGAGUUGGGUGAAAGAGAAAUAUGCGGCUCAGGCAAGUCUAUCCUUUUGCAACACAUGAGAGCAGUGUUCCGUCAACUGGAUGGCCCUGUCUUCAGACUGGAGUUUUACCAAUGUUAUGUUUGUCUGUAUGGCGUCGAACAUAUUCCUAUAAGUGGGGUGGAGGAGCAUCACUCUGUGCAUAGCCAUCUGGACCAAAAGGCGGCUGAACCGCUCUUUACGCUCAUUGCAGAUGAAGCCAUUGAGAAACUGCAAGGAGGCCUACUGCUCAAGAACGAUCUCAAAGGCGUGGUCGAGACCGUUUCAAGAUUAUUUGAGGAGCUGGAUACAAAGCAGCAUGUCCAAGUGAGAAACAACAAGAAAAUCAUUGAGGACUACCUCGACAGCCCAAUUGAACUGCACUCAUCCUUUGACAUGAUGCUCAGAGCAGCGAUUAUACCAGCAGUUGAUAUUGAUCCAAAAAAGACAGACAUAUCAUCCGUGUUCUUCAAGAUAUUUUACAUUCGUGGCAAGACAAUUCGACUGCAAGUCAGGAACAGAAGCAAGAGUUCAAACGACAGAAGCAUGGCUGACUUGGAGGAGGCUGUGGAGGAGCUGACUUCGCACGUUAUUUUGAAUCCAAAUGAUGCUGACGGUUGGUGCGAGCUUGGCUUUACCUACCAACUGCUCGCUACAGAAGAGCUAAACUGGAGUGCAAGCAACAUUCUUGACCACAAAGACCAGAUCACAGAGUACCAAAAGAAAUCAUUUCAUGCAUUUGCACGGGGUCUUUACUUACGUGGCUUGCCCUUGACGGAUGCAGCAAAGAACGAGCUGUUCUUUGGAUUUGGUUGUCUGGUUUAUUCUAUCGCAUCGCGUCCUAUGAACAUGGAAGCAUUUAAGGCGACUCGCAGCAAAAAGAAGACACUGGGUCCUGAUGGCCAGCUAGUCAAUGCACAGACGAAAACGCCCUCCUUGCACUCUGCCUACAAGCUUGCCAUGCGACUCUUUGGCCAUGCAAUCAAGUACAAGACAGCGGAUAAAUACGAGUGGAGCUCUUAUUACAUGGUUGGCAAAUGUUGUGCUAAACUUGACAGACCACCCACGGAGGUACUUGAUUGGUACCUGCAGGCUAUUCGCAGAACAAAACUCAAGAACGGAAGACAUGAACAUGUACUGGAACCUAUUUAUAACUUUUGCUCUGCUCUGGUUAAAUUCUUGUACCAAGGAAAGAUCGAUGCUAAUACUGUACUCGAAUUUUUGAACAAGGAACAGUUACUGCAACAGGCGUCAUCGUUGAAGCAACAACAACAACAAGGAGAGAAGGAUCCAGAUGUGGUUUUUAUGGGCAGCAGUGCUGAUAAUAUGGCUGUAGUGCCGCCUCAGGAACAGCAACAACAGCGACCCGCACCCAGCACCUCCGCAACAGAUAGGGUUUUGAAUGAACUGGCCAUAUUCUCAGGAUACCUACCCGUCGAUACGGCCAAUGCCUACAAUUCCAUCUUUAAACGUCUUGUUGAAAUCAGAGCAGCGGACAGCAAAGGACUGCAUCAUCGUGUUAUUUAUAGAAUGGCUUGGAUGUACUAUCAUGUGUACCAUCAGACUGAGGAGGCCAAAUCCACUUUGCUGCAGCUGUUCUCGCUCAAGGGAAAUAGCAAGCACCAUGCCAACAUCUGGAAGCACGGGUUUGAAUUGCCUGCAAAGCAUUAUGUGUUUGUAAAGAAAUACACGUUAUUUCUGAUUGAACUGGCAAGAGAAUCGAAUGAUGCUCAGACAUUGAAAAACUUGUACCGCAAACUCAAAAAGGCCAAGCAAGUGCUUAUGAAUGAAAAGCAGGUCUUUCGCAGCGCCUAUCGUGCCUUCUUGGAGAUUAUCAAGGUUCAUCUGAUCAGUCUCCACCACUCAGAGAGUAUUUUGGAAAGAAUCAGGCAUUCUCGCCUAGACAAGCUUAACUUUGAGGCAAUCUGCAGCACUUGUGUGAGAUCCCUCAGUGAAGAUAAAUCAUUAACCGAUCCCGAGCUGUAUGCAUUGAUACAGGAUUUGGCUGAAUUGAGACGAUUAACGCAAGGCUUUAUAUCAGUAACGGAUUCCGAUAGUGAUGGCCUGGAUGAUGCGAUACAAAUGUGCUUUGCAGUGGUAGCAUUUAGUGGAGAACACACGCAAGAGAGGCUUUCAGAGGGUAGCAACGAGGAUGAAAACAACGGCAAGAUACUGCUCGAAACACUCUCCACACAGGCAAAGAUACUAAUGCAAAACACAACCACCACUUCCAAGGUAGCUUAG